AUGUUCUCAGACACCAGAGCGCCUGGGGAGCACAGAGGCGUUCAACACAGCAACCCUCAUCUCGACCUCUGGCUUCACAAUGGACUCAGGGCCCACCACAGUAAAAUGGGACUCAAUGGGCAGCGCAGGCGGGCUGACGCCAACCUUACCUAUCCCAACAGAGCCAAGGAGGUAGGCUUUACAUCACAAGAGGUGAUGAACAACAUACAUGGGAAGGAAAGGACGGGUCCCCAUUUGAAUGAACUGGGUCUGGAGGCUAGGAGACAGCACUUCGGCUUGUGGGAGCAUCAUGUGCAGCCAGAUUUGAGCAGCCAAGCGGGCAGUCCUUCCAGGUGGAGCCAUGGCCAGUCUCCAGAGCCAGGCCUGAGACACAGGUCAUCUGUCAGGGACCACUACACAGAAUGCUCCUUUGUUGGGAACCCGCGCCAGACUUUACCACACCCUUCAGUCAGGAAGUACGUGAAGGCCCCCGUCCUCGGCCCCGCUCCGCCAACACAGUUCAAAGGUCAAGACGGCUGUAAAGUGCCUGUUUGUUUGGAGGACCAGCUUUGGGGCUAUUCUAGACAGACUUGUCAGAAAGACCUUCAUACAUCCAGCUGGGUGGAUUCAGCCACAGCCACACAGGGCUUACCAAGACACCAGAGUUUCAGUUCCACCUUGAGUUCCAACAAAAAGAAUGUCCGAAACAGCCAGAGAGACUUGACUAGACCUGUAAGCGGACCAGAGACCAAACUACACCAGAAAGACUUGACUAGACCUGUAAGCGGACCAGAGACCAAAUUACACCAGAAAGACUUGACUAGACCAGUAAGCGGACUAGAGACCAAAUUACACCAGAAAGACUUGACUAGACCUGUGGAGGGUUACAAUGGACCCAGCUCUCUGCAUGAGGUCAUCUUCUCCACAGAGGUUCCUCAGAGAGAUAUGGGAGGUCCCACUCUCAAACCUCAGCAGAGUCCCAGUAAGCCCUGUCCCGCCCCAGAGGACGUCCAGACCAGGCCCCCCAGUGGUGACCAGGGCUCCAGGAGUGGGUCAGGCCUGACUGGGUCAAAGAAGCACCAGAAGGUGGUCCGGGAUCAGAUCCGGAAAGUGGUGGAGAACUUGGAGGAGGUUCUAGGAGGCCUGAAGGACAUCCAUCAGGAGAUGAAGGAGGUAAAGACAUUUCUGUUUGCCUAUAAGUUACAGCUGGGGUCUGUCUUUGAUGCAAGGAUUUUAAGUUGUUUCUGAGGGAGAGAGAGAUCCUGGUAUUGUCAUUUAGCCUCCAAGAUAUUCCAGCUAGGUUCUUUUGAUGUUCCUUUGAUAUUCGUAUAAACAAAUUAUCACGCUAUUUCAGGUCCUGAAGGGACUGUUAAAGAGCAGUUGUACCGUGGGCUAUUUUUGCAUGUUCCAGAAAGACCAUAAUCCCAGUCCCUACUUUGUUACUUUUACAUACAUUAAAGAGGCGUCUACAUUGAUAUACACUGUUAUUCUUGCACUCAGAAUCACUGCUUGCAAAGUAUCUAUCCACCACAGUGUGACAGUCUUUCUAUGAAACAGCACAGAGGUGAAGUUUUCACUGAAUUUUUAAAGGUAGGAAGUGGCGUUCGCUAUGCUCUAUUUACCUAAUGUAUGCAAUGGUUGAAAGUGAUGCUCAGCAGUGGUACCCUCUCCUCUCCAGUCCCUCCACCACCAGAUGCUGAAAGGGGAGCAGCUGGAACCAUGCUUUUAAUCCAUUUAUGGAAAUGCCUUAACCUUGCCUCUCAUCCUGUAAAAGUGACAUGUAAAUCGGCCCCUCUCACACUAUCCGGCUGCAUCUGAAAGCUCAGCAUCAGUGCAGCCUGAGAGCGAGGGUAUUGUAAAUGUUAGAAAGUUGAAUAAAUGUGUGGAGAAACAUCCAGCGAUGCUGUUGUAGUGUGGUCAGGGAAAAUCUCUUCCCAGACCAGAAGGUCAGGGACCUGAAGGAAGACACCAACGAAUUUGAAUAGUUAAGUGAGAAAAACAAUUUGUUUAGCAACAGCACGAGCACACAGAACAAAGGUUGAGGCAGAUCAAACUUUCUCUCCAGCCCCAUCUCUGACCGUGUAGCCUAAUCCCUCUCACAGGUGGUACAGCAGAUUGAGCUGCUGACCUCAUCCAUUGACCUGAGUGAAGAGGAGGCCAGCCCCAGCCUGCCCAUCGACAGCAGCUCCACCUCCAGCUCCAGUGGAGUGGCGAAGGGCAGCAGCCAUCAGAGGCUCAGGGGUGUGGAGGCCAGGCAGGGGGAGGCAGCUCUGUCUUCCCCCAUCAGGACUAACUCACACCAGCCUCACAACCCUGCCUCCAGCCCGGUCUGCCUCCCCCACCAACCUGCUCCCAGCCCUCAUAGGAGUAGCCCUGUUUGCCCUCCCACCCCUGUUCUUUCCCCCCUCAGUACCAACCCACCUCACCCCAACACCCCUGCUCCCUCAGUCAAGAGUCAGCGUUACCCACACAAUCCUGCUUCUUACCCCAAAAAGAGCAGUCUACAUUACCCCCUCAACCCUACUCUCUUUCACAACCUUGGGCUUUCCCCAAAAAAAAGUAGUCCCCCUCCUCAUCCCUCUGCCCUUGGUCUUUCUGUCACCAUAUCGACCCAAGCAGGGCCACCCAUGGUGGAGCCUCUCCCUGUCAGCCAACCCAGAGACCCUGAGACCCAGACCAGGGUGGAGGGGCUGAGGCCAACAUCUGCUAAAUCACUGGGGCUAACCCAGGGCCAGGUGGCCCCUCAUGGCCCAGGGAGAGUUCCAGGGCCCUGGGGCCGCAAGCCUCCUCCUUACCCGCACAAUGGAAACUUUGAUCGGGCAAGUAAAGGAAAGGACCCCAGGAAGACUCCCCCAUACACUGUGAAAAGAAGGCUGCUCUCGACCACG